AUGCGCCAGUCGGAUGACAAAAAGGGCUUACUGUAUUUCCAUUGAAAGAUUUUUCCCCUCUCUGGCUUGACUGCCGUAGCCAUUUUUGUGUUUAUUUGAAAGAAAAAAUGACAACAUCCAAAUCGAAGUUGGCCAGACAUUGCUAGGCAUCCAUGACAAAAAAUGAUUUAUUAAAUCGACAGAAGAUUCCGCUCGAUAUUAUUACUCACACACUAAAAGAAACUUCCAAAAGACGCAUUGCUUUUAUACAAUUUUGAGAUAUUUCUUUGCGUUUUCCGUUAAAAAAAAUCAUUGUUGGAGGGUACAAGGGCGGUAGAAAUAGUGUUUGUUUGGCUAAAUUCUGAUAAUAAACCAAUUUUCCUCUAAUUUGGCUGAAGUGUGCUUUGUUUGCGUGCCGAGCACGUUUCGGCUGCGCGUCGGGUCAGUUCGCGGGGGGGUAGUCGCUCGGAUUACGCAACGUAACUUGACCGGGUUUUCUAAUCAAACACGGAGAGCACGUCCCAAAAAGGCGCAUUUUAGCCAAAUUAGAGGGAAAUUCGUUGUUUAUUAUCAGAGUUUUGCCUAACAAUGUUCCUACCGCCCUUGAGAGUACGGGAGACUUUCGCUUCCAAGAUGGCGGCGGUGCGUUCCACAGGAAGCCCAGAGAGAAGCUCGUGGUUCUAAUAGCUACUUCUGUCGAUUACACCGAGUGCUGUGCGUGACUAAUAUAUAAUGUAAAGCUCCCGCCGCGUGUGUGAAUAUUAACUUGUUACCGUAUACUAGUUAUAGGCGUGUGUUUUCUACGUGUUUCACGUCUCAGCGUUCUUGCCUGCUCCAUUUGCACUUCACGCUUCUCUAGUUGUUUCCCGACUGGCGGGGUGCUCCUUAAUGAGUAAUAUUCCGACUAUAACCAAACCUACCGUCGCUUGAAGGCUUUAUGUUAAUUUAAGAGAGACACUAAUUUGGACCGGAUUGUUUAGAAAAUCCCAGAGUGGUUACCAAGAUAAGAAACGGGAAUUCAAAAGUUCUAUGUAAUGCGCAUUUUUGUUGCUCUCAACGCUGCUCUUGCAUUUUCUUUUUUUUUUAACUCCUUGUGUUAUGAUAUUUUGUCUUUUUUUUCAAGCGGCACGGGUCUUCAUUAGAUUAGUCAAAAGGGUGUGUCUUUAGUGGACGGAGAGUCUUUCCAACUUAUUCCAUCAAAAGCAACUUAUUUGAAGGCGCGCCCUGGUAGCCAUCAGUCUGUUUGUAGCUAGCGCAGUAAGUGAUACCUGCGGGCAGAGAGAUUCUUAUUUUUACGCUCAGCCAUUUCCAUCAAGUUUAUCACUUAACUCUAAAUAAGGUUCGCUCAAAUUGAUAUCCUUCGCCUAUAACUCUGUUUAAAAUAAUUUUUCCCGCUCAUACUUUACGUGUCAUAUUAACGAGACGAUAAUAUAAUUAUACCGUAGUCGCCUUUUUUAUACUUUUGUCAUUGGUCACAAAUAACUCGGGCAACUAAUAAUUCGGCUUCGCUGCAGGCAAAAAAACAUCAUCAAAGCGCACGCUUAGGGGCACGAUUUAAUAACGGAUCUUAUAGAUUAGAGAUGAAUUACGCUGCGAAUCCAGUCAGAUGCUGCAUGCUCAUGUGAUGGUAUGAGGCGGAGAUAUUUUGUUUAGUCAUUUCAGUUUUUACAGUAGACCGGUUGCCAUACAACCCCCUUUCCCCACCCCAUUAAAUAAACUUUAACCUUCACCCUAUUACAUAUGUAAGCAGGAGAUAGAAACUUUCCAUUUUCUUUGCUUUCUGCUGCUUAUGUUAAAAGGAAAUCGUGUGCGAACCGGCAAACCAUAAACAAGAAAAAAAAUGCACAAGUGAUUGAAAUACUUCAGCUUCAUGUAUGAUUAAAAUAUGUAUGGAGAAAAUGCUCCCUCAUCCUUGGUAUUUUGCCGGAUGACGUCUAGAAAUUUGCGGCUGGCAGAGCUAUUUUAAAGUUAACAACUAGAUUACCUGCUUGAAAAAUCGUUAAAGAAUAAAAACCCAAAAGUUUUUUUUUUUUUUACCAGAGCGACGUUUCUUUUCUUUUUCGCAAAAGGAAUACAACUAUUUUAAAUAACGUAAAGUUAUAUUCUAUGGGUCAUGUUGUGUAAUAUGUACCUUGGUUCGCAUUGGGUUUGUAGUAAACCAGUGGAACCCAUUAAAUCGAGCCCUCAAAAAAAAAAAAACCAAAAACAGCAAGUUAGCGGGGAGCUUUAUCCAAGUAGAAAUAACGGGAAAAUAGUCAGUUCAAGUUAUCGCUGAUGCUCGAGUGAUCCAAGUAAAAAUAACUGAAAAAUAGUAUCGGGAUCUUCAGUCAGUUCGGGUUAGCGGGAAUUUCUUGUUAUCCAAGCUCGAGUUUUCGGGGUUAUUGUAGAUUCUUUUGAGCCAUGUUUUACAUCACUAUAAAUCUGAGAGAAUCCAGAUCACAUUAAUAUCCAUACGGUCAGUAUUCUCUGUAAUACAGGUAUUCAGUAUGCAUUGAUGCUUUGCGGGCUUGCGAAUCAUAUGUUUGAUACGCGAUAUGAUGGUUUGGUAUUUAUUAAAAAUCUCUUUUAAAAUGCGAGCUUAAAAGUGUUUUGGAUGCGAUGCUUCACUAAGGUUGAUAAAAGAGCGUUAGUGGAGAUUACUCAACGUGCUUUUGACCUGUGGCAAAUAUUGGCAAGGUUCCCGGGUGCAAUUAUUAUGUCAGUACGUCGCAUUGCUGCAUAAACCAGACAAGUUAUAUAAUCAAAGCGGACUUAAUAUUGAUGCCAUACCACAUAUGUUGGUGAACAAAUCGUAGUAAUUGCUUAGAAGCGAGCCUUAAAUCGGACGCAUAAUCUGAUGAGCUUGGUCAUUCGGUUCUUGCAUCUGUGCGACUGGGUAAGGUAGAUCUUUAAGCCCAAAUGGAACAAAUGCCUUUUACUCAGCAUCAUUUGGCUUUAAUAAUUUAGAAAAUUUCUUUUGUGCGGAUUUUUGUGCGCAGUUUUUUCUCGUGAAGUCUACCUAGUUUUUUUUGGCGUGGCUGCUAUGGCAGAUCAGUCUUGUAUUUUAUUCAUUAUGUGACGUUAACCUGGGAAAUGCUUUUCAAUAACAUGUUGUGUAAACAGGGCGUUAAUUGAUUAUCAAGUGGCUCCUUUCAGUUAGCCACUCAGCAAUGAGCAAAAGCUGAUUGUACCGGGAGUAGAGCCGCCAUUUCCGCCGGUACUAAAUGGUGCGCAGGGACUAGACCGAGCUCACGUAUGGCUUAAAUGGCUUGAAUGCCUUGGUGUUGCCAUUUAUGGUUCAGCUUUCAGAGGAAGACAGGCGUCUCUUAGAUAAUUGAGUUUUUCCAAGUUAAGCGUUAUAAGUAUGGAUUGUUGGAUAAUCUUCGUCUUCGGUUUUGUGGAUAUCGUCGUCUUGACUCCAUCAUCGUCAUUUUCAGCAACUCAAACAAAUGGGAGAUUUCUAAAAGACCUCGAUGUUAUCUUAAUCGAUGAUCCUUCCCUGGUCGUUCGCAAACGAGACAGAAACAAAGACUUGGAAUGGAUUCAGAGGACUAUUGACAUGGUGUCAGACGUGGGACCGAACAACCGCAUCGCCGUACUGACGGCCGGACAAGCCAUAGGAUUCGACACUUUUAGUUUGCCUCGCGACAAGCAACAAUACUACAAGGCCGUCAGCGAGCAUCACUCGACCGUAGGGCAACUGAGUUUUGGCCUUACUAAGAUCGAAAUAGGGAACGUCUUUUCGCUCGCUACGAAAAUAGCGGAGGAAAAAACGCGACCCGAUGCUAUGAAACUUGCAUUUCUAGUUCUGGAUUAUUCGGUGCAUGCCUUAAAUAAUGACGUGGCUGCUGAAAAAAUAGUAACUGAUACUCUCAAGCGAAAAGGUUACGUGGUGUUGUGUAUCGGUGUUGGAAAAUUGAUUGACAGAAGGUUGCAAUUAAUGGCAAGCAGCCCAAAUCUUACUUACUGGAUAAGCGGCCUUGAUCGAUUGCCGAAUGUUGCAGACAAAAUACCACCAAUGUGGGAACUUUUCGACGUCCCAGCCAUCACGUUGCAGGGACCAGGCUUGAACCCGGCAAGUGGGUCCGCCUACGUAAACCUCCGAGGUGCCCAGACUCCGCUCGCCCUCCAACCAAACGGCUCGGCCGGAUAUGACGUCAUAUGCUCCAUUCUGGGAUUCAAUGGGACAUUAGAAGGAAAACCCGCCUACCUUGAAGAAAACCAGACGCAGGCAUGUGCACCUGUCACAGCUAAUGGGCCAUGCGAUGCUGGGGAUUUCUUUGAGAAACCGUUGGGCUGCUUGAACAUCUCGGAGACUUUUGAAGACUGCACUCAAACGGAACACAUUACUUGCCAAGUGCCCAUUCGCUUGCAUGGCCUAAACAUAUCCAGCGCUGGUCUGAUCGAGAUCCACUAUAAUGGAUACUGGGGACACAUUGACCAAAAUGGAUGGAAUAUCAAUAAUUCCCACGUGGUUUGCCGCCAGCUCGGCUUUUCACAGGCCGUGGCCGAGUUCAUCAACGUCAGAAUCCCGCGAGAUGACGUCAUCGAGCAGUUCAUGGCUUUUCGGUGUCAAGGAAAUGAGAGUAGCGUGUGCUUCUGUCCGCAUAUGCCGUUUACACACCUCUCACAUCGUGCUGCUGGGGUUGUGUGUUUACCAGAAAACACCACGGCCAAUGUUGCCAAGUCGAUGAGGAUAGAUGUCGGCUCUAAAGUCCACAUGUCGCCUGACCUCGAGAGCCUUGGAGCAAGGAACGCUACAGGAUGGACAGACCUCAUGCUAAACCCAAUCGUGGAAAAAGACAAAGAAGUUAGGAUCAGUGCUGACCAUAGCCUAGAGAUGAAUGCUGCCAAGAUAUCCGAUGCCGGGAUCUACAUGUUCCACGGGUCCCAGAACGUCGGCUAUUUCACCGUUUACAUAAAAGCUCUCGUGUUUCCGCAUUCUGGAUCGCUACCCAUGAAGCAGUACAUCCAAUACAACACAACCGCCUUAGUCCAGGGGUGCAACGCCGAGGGCACGCCCUCUCCCGUGGUGACUUGGACGAAGAAUGGGGUGCCUCUUGACCGUUACAGUGUGAUGGUACCUGUGAGACCGCACUCCACCCAGUACCAGAUACCAGAGGUACAGAAGAGCGACGAGGGCAACUACACAUGUUCCGUUUACCAGCACAUGGGCUAUGUUGACAUGGUUUUCAAGGUCUCCACGCAGCUUGUUGUAUAUGAUUUGCCAUCGUUUCGCCGAGAGCCUUCCGAUCAGGUCCGACGAGAGAGCGAAGAUGCAGUGUUCAAUUGCGUAGCCACAGGGAUCCCAAAACCGCAUCUGGAAUGGAGCUUUGCAAACCGAAUCAACGAGAAAGCCGUGUUUUUGCGAGAGACUGGGGAAAGCCUGAUUAUUCGUAACAUUUCUAAGAAACGACACGAGGGUCGAUACACGUGUACUGCCAUUUGGCGCCUGAACGGUCAGAAAGAAAGGCGGAUCGUGGCAUCAGCGUUCCUUUAUGUCGAUGUGCCACCUACUAUUCUACCGCUGCCCAAAAACGUAACGUACUUCGAGGGCUCAGAAGCGGUGCUCACGUGUUCAGCUGAAGGCACACCCUUCCCAAUAGUCUAUUGGAGCAAACAGGCCAAGUCCCAUGGGCGCCAUGAACUAGCCAAUCGCAGCAUGAAUCUUCAUCUCUUUAACAUAUCACGUGAUCAUCAAGGCCAUUACACGUGCACAGCGUACAACCGCGCAGGCACUGUAAAUGCCACACUCUAUCUGCACGUUGCGCCUGUGGACCAGUCAGCGGUGGUUUCCCGGCAUGCAUCACGGACCGAGUGGUAUAUCGUCGUUGGGCCGAUAUUGGCGGGAAUAACCCUGGGCUUGGUGUUACUUGCCGUGGGCUGGCGAUCCCGGAGAAACCAAAGAAAGCUUGAGGAAGUUAGAAUGUUUCACGAGGAGAUGAAGAUGAUAGACGAGUCAGCGCCGGACGAGUGGGAAGUACUGCCUUGCUCACUUUACUUGGAGUACUUUCUCGGCCUAGGCUCCUUCGGAGAGGUCUGGGCCGCAACGGCUCAAAACAUACGAGGGUAUAAAGGACCACAGAAGGUCGCCGUUAAGCGUUUAAAAUGCAACAGCGCAGAAUCGGAGACAAAAGCCCUCGAGAGUGAAAUCAGCUUAGGCAAAUCACUGGGAGAUUCGCGUCACCCAAACAUCGUUAACUUCUUGGGUUGUGUCACAACAAGAGGUUCUCUAAUGCUGAUCAUGGAGUAUGUUCCUUAUGGGGAUUUGUUGGGCUACCUGCGCCUCAGCCGAGGUCUUGAAGACAAGUACUACGCAUGCGCGGAGAAACGCCGAGUCGAGAUCACCAACUACGACAUGAUCUCCUUCGCCAGGCAAAUUGCAGCGGGGAUGUGUUUUCUCGCCUCAAGAAAGAUUCUUCAUCGAGAUCUGGCUGCCAGGAAUGUGCUGGUGGGAACAAACAACACAUGUAAAAUCACCGACUUUGGCCUGGCGUUCACCAAGUCUAUGUACAAAUAUGGAAAUACUGCUAGGAAGGGUCGAUUACCCAUCAAGUGGAGCGCCCCUGAGCUUCUGUUCUCAGAUAGCAAGUAUUCGGUGUCAUAUAAAUGCGAUGUGUGGUCGUAUGGCAUCGUUUUGUACGAGAUUUUCACCCUUGGCGGCGUACCCUACCCCUCUUGGGGAGAGUAUAAAGUAAUCUACGAGCUUCAAGCGAACAGAUAUCGCAUACCUAGACCAGAACAUGUCAGCCAUGACCUUUAUCAGAUCAUGACAGAGUGCUGGAGAGAAGACCCUGAAGAUCGCCCGACAUUUGACCAGCUUCAUGACACCAUGCUAAAGAUCCUUGAAGAGCAGCAUUAUCUUGAUCUUGACAUGACCAAGUACAUAAGUGAUAUGUACACACACGUGGAUAGCAAUGCCGAGUCAGAGGAGGACUGGGACGAGACACCAGCUUUCCAACCAGCCAUCUCUACCACAGAAGGCCCAAGAAAGGAGGGAAAACACAAAGACAAUUCGGGGAAAACGGUAUCGGACAUUAACAAGAAGAGUGUCACAUUUAAAAUUUUUGACAGCCCAAAGCGAUUAAGCAAGCAAAGGCUGUUGCCCGAUAAACCGCAUAGAAACGGCAGCACAUUCUGCGAGACAAUUUGCUAAAUCGCAAGAAGCUGAGUAAUGGUGGAUGCAAGCGGCGCAGUCUUCUCCAAGGCUUUUCUACCAGACUUCUUUCUUAAAGAACGCAAUUAUCAAUGUGUUUCGUGGACUACGGUUUUUUUUAAAGUCUGCGAUAAGAAUUGGACAUGUAGAGUACUACAUGAACUUUUGUGGUUCACUUGGUCACCCGAUAGGGGCGCUUGACUAUCUCUCUGCGAUGUAAUGACCAUUUCUAUGCGAUUUGAUGGUUUUGCGGCUUGCUAAAUUUUUAUGUUCUUAACUUUGCAUAAAAAUCGCUGUAUAUCGUUAAAUGAAAAAAAAAGAUCCAUCUCCAGGUUUUUUUUUUCUACUUUACUUUCGUUUCAUAAAAGGCUUCACUUUUAUUCUUUCUUUUUUGAGUUGGUUUAACCGGUAUAUGCGAAGCGCAGUUCUCGCCAAAAAGUUUUAAUGUCUCCUUUUUCAAAUCUUCUUUCCAUUGUAAGGUAUGCAUUAAACGCAUCCUUCCGGGCAUAUAUGGGUCUCUCACCCAGCAGGUCUUUAGAAACCUGUUACUAGGGAAGCUAAGUAUUACUCAAAAGCUAGGAUAACUUCACGCGGUGGUAAUGUAAAUAGGCCGAUUUUCCCACGCUUGAGUUCGUUGUCACAUCUCCAUAUGUUGUUUCUUGGGAGGAUCUAGUUAUGCUCUUCUUAAUAACCCUGCGAGGUACCUCAAGCUAGUCUUAAUUACUCAGGCUUCAAUUAUUGUGAUACUUCUCCUAAUUACUCCUUUUCCAACGUGCCUUUUGAGUUUUUUUUUUUUUUCAUCAUUUUUGUAGAAGUAAAGGACUCAAAAUAGGAGGUCAUAGCUUCGGUCAAUUUAAAAAAUCAGAUGCCACUCGCUUUUUAUAAACCCUUCAUGGACUUAUCAUGUUGUGUGCGAAUUCCAAAUGAUGAAAACUAACAAGGUUUUUGAAUGGCUCGAAUACAUAGAAAACAUAAGUGAGGGAUGGUAAACUUGGGCGCGCGUGAUCCAGCAAAUAAAAUUCUGACUUGUUUAGGAAAAAAAGCGCUGAACACAGAAUGAAGAAAUGUAGCUCAUACACACUAACUCUAAACAUUUCGAUAUGUUCACGGCGGUAGUUUACAUGUGUAAAUAGGCAUGGAUCAGUGCCUGGUAUCUGUUCACAAUAAAGUGGGAUCAGAUCAUGCAA